AUGAUUUUGAUGGAGAACAUUUCAGAGGUGACUCACUUCAUUCUUGUGGGGUUAACAGAUGCCCUAGAGUUGCAAGUUCCUUUAUUUAUGGUCUUCACCAUCAUUUACUUUAUCAUUCUGGUUGGGAACAUUGGGAUGAUUGUGUUGAUCCUGUUGGACUCUCGUCUCCACACUCCCAUGUACUUCUUCCUCAGCAACCUCUCUCUUGUGGACUGUGUUUAUGCCUCAGCUGUCACUCCCAAGGUAAUUGUGGGGUUUUCCACAGGAGAUAAAAUCAUAUCCUACAAUGCAUGUGCUGCCCAGAUGUUCUUCUUUUCAGCCUUUGCCACUAUCGAAAGUUUCCUCUUGUCCUCAAUGGCCUUUGACCGCCACGCAGCCGUGUGCAAACCCCUACAUUACACCACCACCAUGACAAGUGCUAUGUGUACCUCCCUGGUCACUGGCUCCUACAUCUGUGGACUAUUACAGUCUUCCAUCCAUGUUGCCCUCACCUUCCACCUCUUCUGUCACUCCAACAUAAUUAAUCACUUUUUCUGUGACAUUCCUCCACUGCUGGCUCUCUCUUGCUCUGAUAUCCACAUAAAUGAGAUUGUCCUCUUUACAUUGGCAGCAUUCAAUGUCUUUUUCACCCUCUUGGUUAUCUUGAACUCUUAUCUGCUCAUUUUUAUUGCUAUCCUGAGGAUGCGCUCAGCUGAGGGACAGAAGAAGGCUUUCUCCACCUGUGUGUCUCACCUGACCACUGUUUCCAUCUUCUAUGGGACAAUCAUCUUCAUGUACUUACAGCCAAGUUCUAGUCAUUCCAUGGACACAGACAAAAUGGCAUCAGUGUUCUACACUAUGGUCAUCCCCAUGCUAAACCCUUUGGUCUACAGCCUAAGGAACAAAGAGGUCAAGAAUGCAUUUCAGAAGGUGGUUGGAAAAGCAAAGUCUUCACUAGGUUUAGCCUACUAG